AUGAACGACGAGUACCAAGGUACCACUGACAGAGUAACAUUUCGAAGAAUCAUUGUGAAAAACAACGCGAAAAAGAGAAGAAUGUACGAAAAUUUCAUUGAGUCGUUGCCCUUCCUUAAAUCUUUAGAACUUUCUGAACGUUUGAAAGUGGUGGACGUGAUAGGUACCAAAAUAUAUAAAGACGGGGAACAAAUAAUUGUUCAGGGAGACAUGGCGGACAGUUUUUAUAUUGUCGAAUCUGGAGAAGUGAAAAUUACAAUGAAAAGAAAGGGCAAACAAGACAUAGAUGGAAACGAAGCGGUGGAAAUCGCCCGCUAUACCAGAGGGCAGUAUUUUGGCGAAUUGGCGCUUGUAACGAACAAACCUCGAGCUGCUUCGGCCUUCGCCCUUGGCACCGUCAAGUGCUUAAUUAUGGAUGUACAAGCUUUUGAAAGGCUAUUGGGACCUUGCAUGGAAAUUAUGAAAAGGAACAUCGCCAACUACGAAGAGCAACUGGUGGCGCUGUUUGGAACGAACAUGGAUAUUUCUGAGCCUAGCGCAUGAAGAAGGGAGCCGCGCGACCUGUGUGCAACAAAUAGCACAUUAGUGGUUAGUUCCACUGACCACACACCUUAUCUUCCUAUAGAUGCUAAGCAUUGUUCUUGGUUUUACAGGGGCUUCGAUUCCUCUUGCGCCCCUGUCUCAACUAUUUUUAUUUGCCUUUUUUUUCCUUCUGUACAGAGUCAUUCAGAUUUAUCGGUACGUGGAAUAGACAGGUUAUUCGAUGCCCCCCCCCCCUUUUAAAAGCUUUCGGUCCGCCAGCAUUUCAGCUUUCCAAGAACACCAGGUUCAAAACGCCUUCGGUGGCAAUGCACAAGCUUCCACAGGUAGUCCCCGACCUACCAGAGAGUUCAUUUAGUGACCUUCCAGAGUUACAACGGCACUGAAAUAGUGGCCGGAUCAUUUUUCACAUUUACGA